UAAUUUCUUUUAAGUAAUCUGUGAUAGUCUGUUUAUAAUGGCGGCGGUUUUUCAUUAGGCGAUUAUUUCUAGUAAAUAAAGAAUUUUUAUACAACAUUUAAGUAAAGUUCGCACUUUUCAACGUAUUUUUAUUAUAAUUAUAAGUCGACGAUUAAAUGAUAUUAAGAGAUUUGUAAUAAAUGUUGAAUUGUGAAAAAUGGAAAUUCACGAUGUAUCAGUGAAUGUGAAAAUGGAUACUCAUAAUAUUCCUGUGAUACACGAAGCUAAUAUGGGUCACAUUAAAAUGGAUUCGCAUCUACAUGACGUUCCAGUCACGCAUAUACAGAUACCGAUAUCUCAGCCAGCUCCCAUGCCUCAGCAAGUUGACCAAAACAUACCACAGAAUACUGAGCAACCAGUUCCAGAGGAUACCUUAAAAGUGCGAAUAGAAAAGAAAAAAAAAGAAGCUAUCGACGGUCAAGCUAGAGAAAUCAUUUAUAAAGUAAUAAAGUUCUUUGAGAGUGAAAAACAGAACAGAGGAUACGCGUUUCCUGUUGAAAAUGUCGUUAAACGUGCUUGUGCAGCAACCGGGCUAUCAGAGAGUACGAUUAAACGCAUAAAGAGGGAAGGCCUUCGUGCUGAAGCGACUCAUACUAAAAUGGCUGGUCCCAAGAAGAAAAGAGUUCGAAAAACUAAGGUUCAACUUGACUAUUUCCAACUAUGCGCACUAAGAGGCAUCGUGAAUAGUUACUCAAUGCGUAAAGAAGUUCCUACGUUAGGUAAAAUACUGGCAGCCGCGAAACACGAGCUAAACUAUAGAGGUGGUAAGGAAUCACUAAGAUUAAUAUUGUUAAAUAAGCUAGGUAUCAAGUUUAAGAAAUGUGAGAAAAAGAACAAGAAACCUCCAGAACAACCCCCGCAAGCGGUCCAACAAAUGCCGAAUGUGAUGUCACAUUUACCGAUGCAGCAAAUGAAACCAGAAAAUCAGUGUAUUUAUACAAAUAUGAUGCCUCAGGUACCGCCAGUGUCGUACUAAUUCUUACUGAAAUAUAUCAUUGUAAAUAUCAUUAUAAUAUUAUAGUGAGUGAGUGUAAGAUUGACUCGAAAUUCAUUUAAAAAUAAGUUUUAACUCUAUACACAAUGUCUUUUGUUAUGAAUGAUAAUCUCAAUGUUGUUUAAUUAUGAAGUUUUAUUUUUCAAAAAACAAAUAUGUCAGUUCGGAAGUUUAACUGUCAAUAGUUUUCUGAAUAUAGGAACCGAGUGUUAAUCAA